AUGGGGAACAACUGCUGUGCCAGCUCCGACGGCGAUAAAGGCGAUGUCGCCGUUACGAAGCAAGUUCGCGUCCAAGACAUCGUGGACGCUCACAGCUCUGUGGUCCAGUCUGGCGCAGACCUCGCUUUGCUGGAAAGGCUGCAAGGAUCCUCUUGGAUACGCAAGUCGGAUGGCAAUGCAAUGGGCCAGAUCCAAAACUCCGAAGUCGUCUGGGACAGCGGCUUCAAGUCCGCCAACAGCAAGCUGAGUUCGAACGGCACCGCUACGAUAGUCAUGAACAUAAAAGACAAGGACAAGUCCUACAGCUUCUCAGGUACGGUGGCCUUCGAGGACCCGGUGUCCAUCACCUGGUCGGAUGGCGAUGUCUGGACGCGAGUCACAGGCUGA